AUGCAGAGACUUCACUCAGCUCUUCUCAAAUCGUGUCUGGGUCAUCAGAACAAGACGCAAUUAUUAUUGCUGGCAGCAUCAUCCCUCAACAGCAACUUGAAACCACUCUUUACAAAACGAAAUCAUCAUGAUGAACGUAUUUUUUCCAAUACGAUAACUGCAGCCAUAAUGAGAACAAGAUACUUCUCUCGGUCUCUCCUUUCUUCAUCAUCAUCACCAACAUCUACUCCUUCGGAAAGUAAGCCUAAAACAAGUUCCGAUUCUUCAGAAGAUAUUACAAUGUUUAGUCUUAUGCUUUCCUCCAUUAAAUUUAGAGGACAAGAAGAUUUUACUGCAACGGAUCCUUUGAGAAAAUAUCCUACAUUGUAUCUUGUUAUUGGAUUAUUGAUUCUUGGAUAUUCAUAUGCCAUUAUUUCUACCCUUCUUUCAUCUGACAUUGUGUUGGAUAAACUAAUGUUCGAAGAAAACGGUGAAUUAAAUUUGCAGAAGGUAGCUGCUCUUCCAUUAAGCUUAUACGCUUUGCAUAAACUAAAGGAACAUCAUUUAAAAGAUAUUGAGAAUGCUCUCUCUACUUCGAAUAGAAAAUACGCAUUGCAACUCUUAUGUCAGAUGUGUAUCGAUAGAUCAUUGGCAAAAGUGAUUUUCAAGGACUCGUAUUGCUUUUUCAAAGUGAUGAACAUUUUCGAAACUGACCCGUCAUUAGAUGACGAUGAAAAGGAAUGGACUGUUGCUCUACUUAAAUUAUUUAGUUCUGUUGAGGCUACCCACCCACAUUUUCUAGAAAAAUUUCAUGUUUGGUCUACCCUCAAGUUUAAAUCAAACGAAAAGGUACAAAAUUAUUACACUACUAUUUUAUAUAAUUUAAUAUCUAGCAAGGAUACUCGAAGUCAGUUGACCGAUGAGAAGAUCGAGAAGUUGUUACAACUUUCUUACAUGUUGAAAAAUUCAACAAGUGACAAUGAAAAGCUCUCUCAUAUGAACACAUAUAACUGUGCCACACUGAUCAGAACUUCAAAGUAUGACGAUGAAACCAUCAAGAAACAUGACAAAAUUAUGGAUAAAUAUUUGAAAGAUUUUGAAUGGGCCAAAUAUCUUUCUAAUAAUAUGGCUCUUCCUUUCCUUACUUUUGGUUAUGCCUAUCUUAGAUACAGGUUUAGAAUCAACAAACUACCAUCAACGCCAGAUAUUAAUUUGAACAAGCUUGCACUCAAGCACUCUCUUCGUUCAACCAUUGCAGCAUCUUUGUUGGCAUUCUCCGUGUCAGGUAUUGAUUAUUCAGAAUAUAAGAAAGGAUUGUAUGGCCAUUUAGAAUACAAUUACAGAGCUAAGCUAAGGUCAAGAGCUUCCCGUCAAGAAGUUGAAAAAGUGAUCGAACACUUCUUAGGCCCCAUUUUCAUUGCUUGGAUUUUAGGAAAAUAUGAAUUUAUAAUUCUACCAUUCAUUAUUGUACAAUUGACAGCAGGUUCCAACCCUAAUUUCAUCAUGAGUCAUCGAUAUCGCCUUCCUGACGAUUAUGUUUUAGAACAAGAGCGUUACAUUGAGGAAAAUACCGAUCGGUCAACUCCUUACAAAUCAAAUUAA